CAACAGAGCUAUGUGGCACCAAUCUCAAUGGAGAGAACCACCGGAGCUCUUCUCCACCUUUGUUCUAUCCUGAACUCGCCAUCACCACCUCUCGUCCCCUUCCUCGGCAGAAAAGAAAAGAUGGAGGCCUUCCUCGCCGGCUUCCGGGCGCCGCCUCGAGCUUCCGCCGUACCCACCGCCCGGAGCCCACCUCCCAGCCCCUUUUUUCUCGGCACACGGCGCAGGAAGCCCUCCUCCUCCGCCUCCGUGGUCUGCAUGGCGGAGCCACAUCUCAUAUCAAAGUUGGAUUCUACAGAGAAGGCAUGGAAAGAAAUGUCGAUUAGAUUGGGUGACCCUGACAUUGUCUCAGAUCCGAGCGAAUACCAAAAACUUGCACAGUCUGUUUCCGAUCUGGGAGAGGUUGUGACGGCAUAUAGGGAAUUUAAGGAAUGUGAAAGGCAGAUUGAAGAAACAAAAGCUUUGCAAAAAGAGAAUGGUGAUGACCUUGAUAUGGCUGAGAUGAUAGCUUCAGAGCUAGAGUCUCUCUCUGAUCAGCUUGCGGAGCUCGAGGAAAGACUGACGGUACUUCUGCUUCCAAGCGACCCUCUAAAUUCACGUAACAUCUUACUUGAAGUAAGAGCUGGCACUGGAGGUGAUGAAGCUGGAAUUUGGGCUGGUGACCUUGUACGCAUGUAUCAAAGAUAUUGUGAGCUCAACAAUUGGAAGUUUAAACCAGUUUCUUGCUCAGAAGCAGAAAAGGGUGGAUACAAGACAUAUGUGAUGGAGGUGAAGGGAAAGCAAGUCUACAGUAAACUGAAGUUUGAGUCAGGUGUGCACCGUGUUCAGCGUGUACCACAGACAGAGACUAUGGGUCGUGUUCACACGUCAACCGCAACUGUGGCUAUUAUGCCAGAGGCCGACGAAGUGGACGUGGUUAUUGAUCCAAAAGAUAUUGAACUUAAAGCUGCAAGAUCUGGUGGAGCUGGAGGGCAGAAUGUUAACAAGGUGGAGACUGCUAUUGAUCUUAUUCACAAGCCUACGGGAAUAAGGAUAUUCUGCACAGAAGAAAGGUCACAACUUCAAAACAAAGAACGCGCGUUCCAGUUAUUAAGAGCAAAACUAUAUGAGAUAAAGUUAAGGGAGCAACAAGAGUCCAUAAGAACCCAGAGGUUACUGCAGGUCGGUACUGGUGCUCGCUCGGAGAAGAUACGGACGUACAAUUAUAAGGUACUAGCACAUUAUGUCAUCUUAGGGUUUCAUGCCACUGAAAUAUUUGUGUUGCCAAUGUUUGAAAUAUCUAAAGUAUAUUUGAGUCUAUUUCAAAUUUGGUCACAGGACAACAGAGUGACUGAUCAUCGGUUGAAGAUGAAUUUUGUAUUGUCUAGCUUCCUUUUAGGAGAUAUUGAAUCAGCUGUUCAGUCCUGCGCUGCAUUGGAGCAGAAGGAACUCUUGGAGGAAAUGGCCACUUCUUCUGCAGUGAAGGCAUGAUCAGUUUAACUAUUCCGUUUGCUUCUGGCCAUAUCCUAAAGGAGAACAGAUCCAAUGGCAUCUUACAGUCGAUGGAGAUCGAUGACCAAGAUGUACAUGAAAAAACUCACGAGUCGCGAAUCAUAUUCCUUGCGUGCACACACUCUUCUGUUUGCUCAUGGUCAUUUUGCAUAUACACUAGUGUCUGUAGACAAUUUAAUGCACUCCAGUUGCCCUGAUGGGAGCAGAUUUUGAGUAGCUGAAAUCGACAUUUUUUUUACAACAAAGCGGUGACACUGGUUGAAAAUAUACAUAAAAGUUCUGUGUGGUUGAAGUCCUGAA